AUGUAUCCUAAUAUCACCAAUGAUGAGUAUGAUGACGUUCAGUACGGGAGAGAAGUUACAAAAACUCUACUUCUUCGUAAGUAUUUUCGCAUACUAAUAAAUUUUAAUUUACAAUUUAGAGUUUUUAUUUCAAAAUUGAGAGAAACUUUGCAUAAUCUCAUUAAAAAUAUGACGAAACAAUUCACCGUCUUCAUUUCACAUUUUCAAUUGACAAAAGAGUCUCCAAGCGUCACACUAGCUGACUGUCCUAAGGCUGUUGAAAUUGGAACAGAAGUAAAAUGCACAUGUAAGGAGAAUACAACCUCCAGUAUUGGUGAAUACAUCACCUGGUAUGAUGCCGCUGGUCAUGUGAUUUCAAGCAACCAAUCGAGCCUACUUAACUUUCAAGCUCAAAAGAAUCUUAAAGGUAAACACUGAGAACACAAUUCUCUUAUACUAAUGAUUUCUUACAGUUUGUCUAAUUGAACCGAUGAUCUGAAUUACAUUUCAAUAUUUUUAUUCUAUUAAAACGAUAACUGAAGUUUAAACAGAGACUUAAAAAAUUAAAUAAAAAAUAAACUCAUUACAAUUUUUUAAAUAAAUACUUUCCGUUGCUGGUUUGUUUAUCAAGGUAGGUUAACACAAUGCGUCAGUCAGUACCCUAUGAAUAAAUGUAUAUAUAUAUUUUAUAGCUAUUCUUUAAUAAAAAAAUUGUGAACCAUAAAAAAUAUAAGAAAACUCAAAUUAAAUACUAUAUAGGCACAACAUAAUGUUGUCAUUGGCUUACGAUAAAAUUGCUUUAAAAAAAAACAAAAAAACAUGACAGUGACAGUCAUCUGGAAAACAGUUUUUUUAAAGAACAUAAUCCAGAUUUGAAGUGACGAUAAAUUAUAUCAAUCUCAAAAAAAAAAAAAAAAAAAAAAAAAAAAAAAAAAAAAAAAAAAAAAAAAAAUUGGAAUUAUGUCCAAUUUUGUGUCUUUAUUUGUGUAUUAACAGAUUACUACUGCCAGGCUAAGAAUAUGCUUGGUUGGAAGAG